GCAGAGUACUGUGUUUGGGUGGCGCCCAGUGCAGCAGCAGUGCUGCACAGAGCCUGAGGUGAGGAACACAACCACAGUUACCUGCGCAGGUUUUAAGGUGAUAUUCAUAGCCGAGCUGACAAUUCUCUGUCUGUAUCCAAAGGGCUCCCAAUUCCUUCAUCCUCUUUUUGACACUGCUCAACAUGUUUCAGGCAAAGAGAUUAAUUGGUGGCCUCAUAGAUAUCUUAAGCCCUGCUGACGCCAGUCAGUUUGCGCCUUCAGACCCUCCUCCACCUCGUAGGCCACUGGCGUAUGCAGAGCAGAAUGAGACUGAAGAGGAAAGGCAGUUCCGAAAGAUCUUUAAACAGCUUGCUGGUGAUGACAUGGAAAUCAGCCCCUGUGAGCUGAAGAACAUUCUAAACUCAAUUAUUACAAAACGUACUGAUUUGAAGACGGAUGGUUUCAGCAUUGAGUCCUGCAGGGGCAUGGUGGCAGUCAUGGAUCAUGACAACACGGGUAAACUGGGCUUCCAUGAGUUCAAACAUCUGUGGAACAACAUCAAGAAAUGGCAGGGGGUCUACAAGUCUUAUGAUCAAGACAGAUCUGGAGUUAUAGGUGCAGAUGAGCUCCCCGCUGCCUUCAGAGCUGCAGGUUUCCCUUUGAGUGAUGUGCAGUACCAGAUGAUAGUUCGUAGAUACAGUGAUGAAAACGGCAACAUGGAUUUUGACAACUACAUUGGUUGCCUUGUGAGGCUGGAUGCCAUGUGUCGUGCCUUCAAAACUCUUGAUGUGGACAACAAUGGAACCAUUAAGCUUAAUCUUCAAGAGUGGCUGCAGAUGACCAUGCACUAAGAAGAAAUAUACCCAGAUGAUGUAUCGGAGGAUGCCCAAGUGAAACAUUCAUCUUUUUGCCAUAGUUAUUCACUUUUUAUUAGAUUAUUUUGUUGUCAAGGACAUAAGAUGUGGCCCUUUCUAUGUAACGAAAGUCCAAACUGGGUCAUUUUUUUACAUUCCUAGUAUAGUGAGUGGGAUCAUUAUCUGCAGAAGUUACAUGGCAACUAUCUUAAAAACUUUCUAACUUAAGUUUGUCUCUGCAUGAAACAAUUUUUAAUUAAAGUACUUUUUUGUUGAAA